AGAAUCUCCACCUUUUGCUUUCUCUAGCAUCAUCUUUUUCACUGUCUUCACUGGACUCGAUCACUGUGUGAGCUCUUCGCCAGAGAAAAUGACGGAGUGUGAUUUUGCUAAUCUAUUUCCUUCAACUCCUCCGCCACCUUCAUCACCGCCACAACCAUCCUUGCCGCCGUUUACUGGACCCAUUACUCCUCCGAGAAACCCAAGAGAUACCUGCUUUAGUUGUAGAAGGCCAGGCCAUUGGGCAAAAGAAUGCCCCAACAAAACCCCCAAGAAAUCGCAGACCUCCAGCCCUGGAUCAAGCUCCAUGAGUUCUUCUGGUUUGCCACUGAUUCGAUGCCGUUGUGGUGGAGGCACAUGUCCUGUUUUUACUUCCCGGACUCAGAAAAAUCCUGAUCGGAAGUUCUACACGUGCCCUGGCGAUAGAUCAUCGGCUAACUGUAAUUUUUUCAAAUGGUGCGAUGAAUUGAGUAUUAGAGCCCCUAUGUGCCCUUGUGGUGUUGGAAUUUGUAGUCUGAAUCUGAGUAGGGAAUCCACAGGCCCAAAUGGAGAGAAAUGGUACUUUGCUUGCCGGAUUAAGAAGAAUCAUGGAGCUUGCAGUUUUUUCCAGUGGGCUGAUUUUGAAGUAAAUACAAUGAUGAAAAGACAUGUGCAUACUGCAAUUAAUGAAUUAGACAAUAAAGAGGUGAGUUCUAACAUACUGCCAGAGUUGCCUGUUGUUGGGGCUGAUGAAAAUGCCACAAAUCUGCCAACCUCUGUUACUUCAGAGCCAGAUGAAGUUUCCAAUGGGGACCUCAUCAUGCAAGAUGUGGAGUCAAAGGAUCAACUUCAAGUUCUCAAUCCAACCCAUCAAUCACAGAAUCAUUGCCUGAAAGUGUUGAAGAGACAAAUUUCUGGCUCGGGGAGGACUAUAACUCAAGAUGUUAUUUACCAGGUUUUAGGUCUUCAUGGCUAUGGCUGGUUGGGUCGGCUCGCUUUCCCUCCAUCUCAGGGCAUAAAAGAUCUCCCUGUCUUGCCCAUCCUUUGUUGUAUUUUCCCUUCCUUUGACCCUGUUACCAUUUUGGAAGAUGUAAAUAUUUCUGAAAUUGAAGAAUCAUUUCCCUUAACAGAUAGUGCUUCAAAUACUGCAACUGAUAUGCCACUGUCUCCUAAUCCUAGACAGGACACUCAGAUUUUAGGUGGUGCUUUUGAAGAAGCUUCAGGGCUCAAUGAGCCUUUUGGUAUAACACAAGAUGAAUCAAAGUCGAUCUUGAAGGAAUAUGGGCUAGCUCUUCUUAAUACUCUCGAGUCUAUGAGCCCAGUCCGUCAUGGAGCGAUGGUUAAGGUGGCAGAAGCCACUUUGAAGACCUUACAGAAUCUUUCCAUUGAAUGUGGUCCCUUUGGAGAGAAUGUGAAGGAAUAUAUUCACAACAGAUCAAAACUGGCUUCAAUUGAAAUAUCUAUGUCCAAAGGCCUUUCUUCUCAAGAACUAACCAAGGUGUUUGACAGUGAGAAAGUUCAGUAUGACAAUGUUUCUCGUCUCCAUGCAGAGGCAGCAACUGCUUAUCGGGCUUCAAAUAAUCACCUUCAGUCACUCCAGGAAGAAGUUUCAAGGGUCAAGACCAUGCUUCUUCAACUUGAGAAACAAUUGUUUUCUUGUGAGACAGAGACAUUGGCGCGCAAAACUCGUGUUGAUGAAAUUUCUGAGGAUAUGUUAGAGGCAAAGAAAAGUAUGGAGGCUGCUUCUGAGAAGAUGAAAGAAGCUUUAGAACUGGAACGGCGGAGAGACUCGGUGAAUUGUGCAGCGAAGGCAGCGUUGGAGACCGCAAGAGUUUGGCUGGAAAAGUGAUAUGUCAAAUGUUAUUUGGGAAUCUGAUUAUGCAACGGUACCGAGUAUGUAAAAUAAGUUGUUUGCAUGUCAACUAUGUAUAGAACAUGAUUGUAAGUUAUGUAAAUUAUGAUGUUGUGGGAAUUGCAGGAUGUGUAUCCACCUUUGUCUUCCUCUCCUUUCAUUAAGAUUGUAGAAAAAGCAGGAUUUUAAUGAUUGGAUUGGAGUGACCUAUUAGAUGCUGCGGAAAUUGCAGUGGCAACCUUAGCUUUUAUAAUUUGCGUGAUGUAUCUUUCUAAUACAAAUGAUUUCAGUA